GACAGGGGAUGAAAUGUUAGAAGCUCUAAACAACUCAGUGCAUUUUCAAUGUGUAGUUACCAUUCCUACCAUUGACUGGAAAACUCCGGAAAAGUAUCGUGGAAACUUCUACUUUGUUUGGGGCAACGAUAAUAAUCAAACGAGCGCUUUCAACACCACUACAUCAGUCGACCCAUCGGUUGAAAAGGAUUCAGAUUCAACAUCAUCCACUCUGUUGAUAGCUGGUGCUGUCGGUGGUACAUUUGUUGCUGUUGUUACUUGUCUCGUUGUUUUGAUUUGGCUAAAAAGGAAAUACAACGGCGGGUGUAACUGUCUCCAAAAUGCAGUUGAACUCAGACAAAGCGCUAAAAACAAAGGAGACAAUGAUAUCACAGAGCCGGAUAAUCAAGCAUACGAUCAAUACGAGAACCUCAGUGAUGCUGGACGCAGUCAUUAUUCACAUCUGGAUGCAGCUCAACUAGCUAGCCACGCUUCAAAGUGCAAUGACUUGACAAUGUACAUGGAUAAGUAAAUUUGGUGGAAAAAGAAAUGUGAACUUCUCUU